AUGGACGACGCCAAUGUCCCCGCGGCGGCGCAGAUCUCGCAGGCGGACAUCAUCGAGCGUCAGGCCGAGACCAUCGCGCGGCUGAAGAAGCAGGUGCAGAAGGGCAGCGAGUACAAGCAGCUGACCAAGUCCAAGCUCAAAGAGGCGGCGGUGCGGCUGAAAGAAUACCGUCUUCGUGUUGAAACGCUUUUACGAGCGGAAGAAACGCUGAAACAGCAGCUGAAGACAGAACAAACUGCGCAUGCGAAAACUAAAGAGCUGCAUAAAAGCGCGUUGAAUCAGGUAAAAGCGAAAAAACAAGCGCAUGUUUCGACCCAAACAGACGAGAAAACCAAGGUGACGCGUACGAGUCAGACAGUGUUAAGUGGACAAGUAGAACGAGUUAUCAAAAAGACAAUGGUGGACACGGAAGUGCAGACGGUGGACGUUGUAGUGGACACUUUUACGUCCAGAAAGAGAGGCAGAACGUCCACCCAGACACAAAUGGAUCAAAUGGUGCCGAAACUCUCGCGACAUUCACCAAAGGAGGCACUGGAGGACAGUUUAACGAUGAAUGCAGAGCCGAUACAGCUUAUAGGACGACACUCAACGACAUUCCGGCACGAAACUAGUGCGGCGUUGGAUGCUGAAUUGGCUUUUAGCGAUUCCGACGUCGAAACUGGCGAAAAGCUGACACGAAAUAGUAUAAUGGAAAGUGGAGAAAACUCUGAGUUAAUCGCGUUUGAUCCGACAGUCUCGAGCGAAAUCGUCAAAGAAUUGGAUUUUAGCGACGAUGAGUUUGCUGAAACGAAGAAACACGACGUUUUAACAGCACAAAAGACGAACACUGAUGCUGGAGUGUCGCUGUUAAGUGGAUUUGAUGCGGCGGUACAGAGUGAAAUCGACAAGGAAUUGCAGAGCAGUGAAGACGAACAGGUGGAAACAUGUCGAAAACGAUAUGUUGAAACACGUUUAGUGGUUGAAACUGCUGAAAAGGCUGUGCUGUUUGAUGCGAUUGCCGACGAAAUUGAUAAAGAUCUGGAGACCAGCAGUGAUGAAGAAGACAACGAAAAAAUCAAUAUUAACGCGGCAACUAAAGACCGAGGGAGAGAUGACGAUAAUGGCCGGACUUUGCUUUAG